CUGCAGAACAACGGACAUUAAAGACGAUCGAAGGGGGAACCAGGACUUGAAACAAGGAAACUGCGUGGUGCCGCCGGCCUGGUAUCUGUACUCCGUCGAAACAAGGGGGACAAGCACACUCCUCUUUCUUUCUUCCUUGUUCAGAGUGCCGCCUGGCGUCAGAUGGAGAGCUAGCACCACAUAUCGACCUCCCGUUUCUUUGUUGGAUGCUCCUCUCCCCUUCUCUUGUCCGAGUCCCAUCAUUGUCCGAGUCGUUGUCCGGUCGUAGUGGCAUCCAUGGAGACCGUAAUUCAGGAUUGCGAGCCUCUUGCCAAUUAUCUCAAGGAUCAAGGCGAAGAAACACGCAACAAUGACUGGCCAACACCGCCAGCCUCCGAGUCCGACCACAAUGGCCAGUUCCACGAUGCCCACGAUGACCGCCUCUCCGAACACAGCAUCUCACCCCCCUCCUCUCCCAACUUCGCUCCCGUAGGCCGCCCCAUGGUCCGCAAGCGGUUCCGAAAGAACGCCCCCGAGCCAAUACAACUCGAGAUCCCACACCGCAUGAAGCGAUACAGCUCGCUUGGCUCGCUACAUGACUCCUAUUCUAAGGCCGUAACAGCAAGGAUAGACCGCGCCGACAACCAGAAAUUUAUCGAGCAGUUCCGGUACACGAUCGUCGCUUCGCAGUUGUUGAGUGGGCACUCGGUUGCUGGACUUAAUCACUUUUACCGAAAUCAGGACGCCGAUGCUUCGAAAAAGCAAAAUAACGAUGUCGUACUACCGAACUCGACGGGGCUGAUCGCAACGGCUGCGGGAGCGUUGGUGGUGGCAUUGGGGAUAAGGUGGUUAUGCUUGGGAGGAUACGCCCGUCUGACCAAAAAGGGGGUGCUGGUUGCCGUUGUGGUUGCCGUUGCGGUGGGAUUGGUGGCGCACUUUUAUAUCCGGAAGCAGUGGCUGAGAUAUGUGCGGAACAAGGCGUUGGCGGAGGUUGCUACUUUUGUGGCGAAGAGUCAGGAUUGGGAUAGUGCUACGAGUGCGGCACUGUCGUUGAUUCAGGAGGUUGAGUUGGUGUCGAGGGGGUAUAGGCUGAGCGCACCACUGCCGCCUAUCAGCAGAAUCGAAGACCGAAGCCAAACGAGACGAUGCGGACGCCUGCGCAAGGCUCUUAAGCAGCGGUUUGCCGAUAUGAUCAAGAGUUACAUCCAAGUGACGACAGCGGUGAAGGGACUCUCGGAACAGCUGGAUCUGGAAAAGUACUACGACGUUUACGACAUUACCGACUUUGACGUUUCCGAUGCGAUGCAAGGGUUUCCGGAGGUCGCGACGGAGGAGGCGGAGUCGUUACGGGUGCUCAAGAUUGCGGCUGCUCGGUUCCAUACCAUCCGCAAGCUGCUUCUCUGUGCUUUGCUUGCGUUCGAGGCUACGGGAGAUAACAGCGACUUUGUGCGGUGGUCGACGGCGGCUCAGUGUCUCAGCCAGCUGAGCAGUCUGACUGGUGAUUGCUACGAGAGGCUUCGUCUCAUCUUGAGCGAUGAAGAGAGCUUCCCCGCCAUCCCCGAAACCAAGUUUCCUCUUUCCCCCAACCGCGAGAAACGCCGAACGCAAUUCCGCAAGCUCAACUCUCUAUCGACGGGCAUCCGCGGUCUCCAAGCCAAGCUGGCACUGUUGCGUGAAGAAUCCGAGAAAGCACUCAACGAAGCCGACGAUAUCUCUGAAGUUGGUUUCGACCUCAUGUCGCAAUACGAGUCCAUCGGCCAAGACCUCAAGAUGCUGCAGCAAGCUUGGGAGGACGGCAAGGCUGCCCUAGCAUCCGGAAUCGACCGCAACGAGAAACGUAUUUCGUCCAUGAGCAUGCUGUACUCGCCUGCUACCUCUCUGAGCGGGUUAACCACUGUCGGCGAAGAGAACGAAACCGGUGGCGGAGCGGAGGAUGCGCUGAAAGCGCUAACCGGGGAGACUUCUCCCACACGAAACUCUUCGCCAAGUCCCAACGAGCCGGAUGUGUUUGAGGCGGUUGCGCUAUCGGCUCGGCCAAGAAGUAUGCUGACCAGGGAAGAGAGGUUGGUGAAAAUGAAGGAGGAGAGAGAGACGAGAGCAAUGCAGAGGGAGAAGGCGGAAGCGAGUAGGGGCAUGUUGAAGGAGUUGGAGAUGGUGAUUAAUCUGAGGCCGAAGAGACAUACAACCAUGGGGCCAGGCGGGGGAAACGGAAGGAGUGCGGCGCCGACGAGGAUCUCUUUAUGACGACAGACAAACUCUGCGGCAUUCUCUCUUUUUUUCUUCGGGGUUUCUUUCUUUGACCAUUAUAAUCUUGCAUGGCAUGGCACUGCGCGCAGACAAAAGAGAGGGGCGAACAACAACGAGAAGGCCAACUUGCCAAGUGUUCUUCAACAGCAACAACAACAACAACAACAACAACCACAACCUUGGGCAGAAAGGCGUUUUGACGGAUACACAGACCAUGGGAAUAUUUGAAAGUUGGGGCAGGCAAGCGAGCAAUGUGGGAUACAGAAUCUAACGGCGUUUAUACACUAUACAGACGAUCUUGGGCGGGCAUUCUGUAACAAAUUCUUUUUUUUGAAUUGGGGGAGGGUGUAAGAUAGGUGAAUAAUGUAAUAAUCAAAAUAUCUUGGAGAAUGGAGGCAGAACAGAGUUCGAGCAGAAAUGAGGGAGUCAAAUAGUUGAAGUCAUAUCAUCGGAACUGAGCAGCAUACCUUCG